UUGUGUUCAAUUUUACAUGUCAUUUUUCAAAAACCCUGUAAAUGUUUGGAGAAUAUUUCAUCACACCUUGGCAAAUGAAAUUUUUUUUCGUGGGAUAAAAGCAGUGAAAAUAUCACAAAAAAUGAGUCGUAAUAUAUAUGGAUUUGAGAAAAAAAGGUAUCAGGUGAUAAAUAAAGGCAAUAGAACUGAUUUAAUGAGAGAUAAUUGGGUUUUACGUCAUUAUCGCUAG